UAUAAAUAUGCAGUGCGAUGGAUAGGGGUUGGUUUGUGCUGAAAGCAAGCUAGCUGGGAGCAUAGUGGAAGAAGAGAGAGGCCACCUCGUGAUGAAGAGGCUGGUGGUCCUGAGGAGGUGCGAGCCGAUCGUGCGGUUCAGCUGCUGCGGCGUGCGGUACGGCGAGUGCCGCCACAACCACGCCGCCAGCACCGGGGGCUAUGCUGUGGAUGGCUGCAGGGAGUUCAUCGCCGAGGGCGAGGAGGGCACCUUCGGCGCGCUCAAGUGCUCGGCCUGCGGCUGCCACCGCAGCUUCCACCACAGGGUGCAGGUCUACGAGGUUGCAUGGGACUGCGAGUCCGACACGUCGUCGUCGUCUUCAAGCAGCGGCUAGGCUGCUGCCGCUGCCGUUCUCCUCUGUCGUCAAGCUGCUGCUGCCGCUGUUGCAUCAUGUCUGCUCUAGGACCCCUAUGAUUGUUCACUAAUCCUGUAUUGAAAUACUUAUAAUAACUCAAAGUGAGCAUCUCUAGUCUACUCUCCGGUGUCUUGUUUGUUCCCUCAUCCUGAUUGUAACCCCAUGCAAGCUUAUGUUAUCUAUCUAUCUACC